ACCGCCACGCUCCUUUUGCGGUAAUUACGGCAGCGAUGUACCUGACUGACAACCUGGAUGACGUCACGGUGUAAGCGGCGAGCCCUCGGAAGCCGGGCGCCUCGGCAUCGGGUGAAGGAGGGGGGGGGGAAACAGAAACCGACCCCAGCUGCAAGGUCGAGGGGGAAAGAUAAUAUUUGCUAUCAUUAUUAACGGCAAGGGGGAGGGGGAAAAAAGAAGAGAAUGCAAUAGGGAAACCCGAACCGUUGGACAGCUUUUUUUUGUGGGUGUGCGUUGCGGAAGGUGGUGCUGAGGGGAAUCGGUUGGAGUGCGGCGGGGGAGCCCGGGCAUCGAACGCGGGGCCGUCCGCUUCCUUCCCUCCCGACGCGGGGGGCUCAACAGACAUGGAGGCCGUGGCGUGAGGAGGGUGAAGAAGCAGCCUUCGAUCGGCAUUCCCCCCCGUUAAUCGCCGACGGAAAGCCGGGGAACCGCCGAGCCGAGCCAACCACUCGGUGUCUCUCCCCCUCCCCGCCCCUUCCACUUUCCUAUGGAGCGGCUUGACUUCAGGACAACCUGCCGCUCGCUAUGCCCAAAUCGAAUAAGGAGGGCGGUGGAGAGUUGCCCCUGCCGCCCGGCUGGGAGGAGGCCACGGAUUACGACGGCAAGCUGUACUACAUCGACCACAAUACCAAGCAGACCAGUUGGGUGGAUCCGCGGGACAGAUGGACCAAACCCCUUUCAUUUGGUGAUUGUGUAGGAGAUGAGUUACCAUUGGGCUGGGAAGAAGCAUUUGAUGCACAAGUUGGAGUUUAUUACAUUGAUCACAAUACACAGACAACGCAGGUGGAAGAUCCUCGGGCUCAAUGGCGAAGAGAACAGGAACGCAUGUUGAAGGACUAUCUGGUAGUAGCUCAGGAUGCACUAACUGCACAGAAGGAAAUCUACCUAGUGAAGCAACAGAGAUUAGAAUUGGCUCAACAUGAAUACAAACAGCUGUAUGAUGUUUGGAAAGAUAAAUCUAGUUCCCAGACCAGCUUAUUCUCGGGCUCUUCAUCUAGUACUAAAUAUGAUCCAGACAUUCUCAAAGCAGAAAUUUCAACAACCAAAUCUAGGGUGAAAAAACUGAAGAGCGAACUAACUCAUAUGAGGCAUGAACUACAGUAUAAAGAGCAAGGAUUUGAAACUCUCAAAGCAAUUGACCUAAAGAUGUCAGGGACUCGGGGAGGAUACAAACUUGAUGAAGCAAAGGCGAUUGUGAAUGAAAUGAAAACCAUCAAAAAGGCUAUUAACUCAGGAGAGAAGGAAAAAAGAGACCUCAUUCAGAGUCUGGCCAGAUUGAGAGAGAGUUUCCGACUUCAAACAGAGUUUCAGUCUGAUCUCUGGAACAGUAGUUCCUCAUCAGUAAAUUCAAAGCAAUCUGUUAGCCGGCAUUGUUCAGAUGCUGGGUCCCAGACAGAUAUUUCAGGAGAUUUUGUUUGUGGUAGAAACACCAAAUUGGCUGAAAAGGUGAGACUUAGCCUGCAGUAUGAAGAAUCAAAGAGAAGGAUUUCAAACAUCAAAAUUGAGCUGGCAAAGCUCUCUAGUGAGGCAUGGCCUGGAGUGUUGGAUGCAGAGCGAGACAGGCUGAUACUGAUUAAUGAGAAAGAAGAACUAUUGAAGGAACUGCAGUUUAUAAACCCUCGCAAAUGGGUACCCAGUGAGGUGGAGCGGCUGGAAAUGGAACGAAAGCAACUGGCAGAAGACCUACAGGUAGCAAGAGAUACACAAAGCAAAGCACUCACAGAAAGAUUAAAGAUGCACAGCAGGAGGAACAACUUGUUGAGGGAGUUAGAAGAAGCAACACGUUUAGCAUCGGUAUUACACUCACAACUGCAAAGUCUUUCAACCAGCACUCUUUCAUUAUCAUCUGGUAGCAGCAAAGGAUCAUUGACUUCCAGCCAUGGAUCUCUUGGUGCAUCCAGCCUAGGAUCUUCAAGUUCUGUUAGCUUUACUGACCUGUACUAUGAUCUCCCAGAACAAACAGCAGACUUAGACUAUCAGUAUAAGUUAGAUAUCUUGCUUCAAGAGGAUACCACAAGCACUAGACCUGCAAGCUCUAUAACCACCAUACAUGAAAAUGAGGUUGCAAAUACUCGUAACUGUUCCUCGCACAUCGAUUCUUAUGGAAAUACAAACAAGAUUCACGCACGGAGAUAUUUGUCCGAGACGCCCAAAUCUGUAACUUCAUUGAGCCCAAGGUCAUCCUUAUCCUCCUUAUCACCACCUGGUUCUCCUGUGGUUAGAGACACCCAUUUUUUGAUAUCUUCAGGAGAAUCUCUUUUGAACCAUGCCAAUACAGACUUUGAAGAUACGGAGCUGCCUGAUACUAUUGCUAACUUUAGUUUGUACACUGAGAAUGAUAACCAGACUCCUUCAAAAUCCAUGCCUCCAGAUACAGUCUUUUUACCUUGUUUAAAUUUGGAAACUGAGAACAAGUCUGAAUCUGGACCAUUUAGUAACUCAUCAAACCUACGGAGUGAAGAGUCUGGAAUUUCUACCAAAUCUAAUGAAAGAAUAGAAGAUGCCAGCACUCAAACAGAGAUGCCUGGAGCUUUACUGCAUCCCAAAAUUGCUUGUGUUUCUGCAGCAGUGUCAGACGAGUCAGUAGCAGGUGAUAGUGGAGUAUAUGAAGCAGUGAAAAGGUCAUGUGAAACAGAGGAUGCACUUUUUGAGGAUGAAAUAGAAGCACUAUGUGCUUCCAGACUCCAGAUAGGAAUGAAGUAUGAUAAUAAAAGCAAAAGAUUUGCAAUAUUUAUUGUUCAGUUGAGCAAUCCAGCAGCACUCAUAAUACCACAGAACCAGACAAUAUAUAUCCGAGUGGCUGUGCUUCCAUGCUCUGAAAAUGCAAGUUGUCUCUUCCGCACCAAGGCACUAGGAAUUGCUGAAAGUCUGGCAUACAAUGAGGUCUUUUGGGUCACCAUUUCCUUUUCUGCAUUGCGUCAGAAGACUCUGCGAGUUGAUGUUUGUUCUGUGGAUAAAUUUCACCGGGAAGAGUGUUUGGGUGGAGCUCAGAUCAGUUUGGCAAAUGUGAAUAGAUCUGGAGAAAGAUCCAUGCACUGGUACAACCUCCUUAAUCAUCAUUAUCUACAAGAGCAAAACAUAAAGCACUAUGCACAAGAUGAAGCUGUUCUUCAAUCAGAAAUUAAUCACAGUACAUCAGAGAAGAAUGAUUCUGUAUGUACACUUCUAGAGCAAACAUCUGCAGAGCUGGAAACAGUUGAACGAAGACUAGAAAACAACAGAAAUGUAUCGAGUGUAGAAGAAGAAUGGCAAGGAGUACCAGUGGAGGAAAGUGACUUUGGUAAGAAAGAAGCAGUUGAUGACGUAGACCAAGAAGUGGACGAUGAAGGAGUUCCUUGGGAAAAUGAAAACUAUGCCGAGACUGCCAAUGAACAGAUUGACAAUUGGUCAACUGUCACAGCAGUAACUGCAGUGAAGGUUGAUAAGGAGACCAGCACAGAGGAGGCUGUGGCAACAACUUCUGCAGUGCGUCCAAAAGAUAGAAGAGUUCCUAAUACUCAGCAAAGCCCAUUUAUGAGAGGCAGUGCUAUUAUUCGUUCGAAAACUUUCUCUCCAGGUGCACAGAAUUCCUACGUCUGCAGGUUAAAUCGAAGUGAUAGUGACAGCUCAACAUUGUCCAAGAGGUCCCCCUUUGUUCGGAAUGCCAUGGAACGGCGUAGUUUGCGAAUGAAAAUGCCUUCAAUCAGAAGAGUGGGAUCAGAAAGACUAAUGCGAACUUCUUUAGACUUGGAGUUGGAUCUGCAGGCUUCAAGAACCAGAAAGAAUAGAUUAUCUCAGGAACUGGACAUCUUGCGGGACUUAAAACAGCAAAUCGAUGAGGCCAAAGCCAGAGGAGACACAGAACUGCCUCAAUGGGUAAAAGAGGAUGAGCGAUUUCAAACCCUGCUGAAGCAAAUUGAAAAACAGGCAGAGCAAACAAAAGAACAACAGAAACAGGAGAGUAAGGUUCAAAGGCUUAUGAAGAAAACAUCUAAAGAGGUACACAAAUUACGAGAACAGAGUCAGAAAGAGCCUCUGGAGAUGCAGUCAUUCUGGGAGAAGAUGGCAUUUUUUACACGAGGAAGGGGAAGUUUCCUUCCAUUACCUGCUGAUGAUGUAUGAUCAUUUUAAAAAAAGUCUUUGAAUUCUUUGCAGUAAUCACCCUUACUGAUGAAUUCAUAAUGUUUUAACUGAUUGUUUUUUGUGCAUUGUGGAGGUACAGAUAUAUUUUGUAAAUUUUAGAAAUCAACACAGUCAUUACAUUGUUUGAAUGUAUACAAAAUCUACAUUUUGAUUAUAUGUUUAACUCCUACAGAGAAAAUGUAGCAUACAUUGAUGUUAAAACCGAUUUGUACAGUUUAUACUUCAGUCAUUUUUUUUAAAGAAAUGAAGACAAUGUCACCGAGAACAAAUCAAUUGAUAAUGCAUUCAUUCUAAAGAAAAUGUUGCUUUCGGGUUAUUGUACAGUAAUUAGUUUUAUAAAUGUUAAACUGCAAUAGAUAGGUUGAAGCACCAAUUAGAAACUGUGACUAAAUAACAUUCAGUAUUGUGUGUGAUGUCACUAUUUUGAGGUACCUAAACAGAAGCUCUAUAUUCUUCUAAUAAAAUAGUCUGAUAUAUUGGAAAAAGAAGCCCCCCUUUUCUCUUCUAUAUAUUUAUAAAACUUUGAAAAAAAUUACUUCUGGAAAUAAUCUAAUUUAGUUUUGAAAAAAAUGUACUGUAUUUGUGUGCAAGUUAAACAAUCUUUAUUUGACAAACAAAUUUAGUUUUAACACUGGCCGGUUUUUUGGACCAGGUGAAUGACAAAUAGGGAUAUAGAAUUUCAUUUUCAUGAAUGCUGUUUCUGUAAUGACAAAUGUUCAUUCUGCUUUCUUGCUGCUGAAACUGGGAAGAAUUGCAAGACUCAGCAAAAUUUGUUUUUCUAUUAUGAGCCAGUGCCAAUUUGAACUGCAAUGUAUGGCAUCAGGUACCUCUCCAGAGAUUGAUUAAUGCCAUUUGCCAACAGUUACAGAUGACUAACGGUAUGGAUUCAUCAAAUAUCAGCAUGAAUUAAUUUCCUUUAAAUGUAGGUCUAGACCUUUUUGAGCAAAGAUUAUAGGGUCUUCCUUACCUGAGCCAAUGCUGGGAGACUGCUGCUGAAUUCUUCUGUUCUUGACCUAAUAUUUUCAAGAUUUUAAAUAAGACUUUCUUUAUUGGAAGGGCCCACUUCUGAUAGCUCAGUGUCCCAAUGUUUGUAAAAGGCAAUGGUGCCAACUUCGUCCUCUAGUCCAGAGUCAGCAAAAAGUCACACAAAUCAACUCAAUUUUGCCAAGUAACGGUUCCUAUUGAGAACCGCUGCCUUAAGACUCCUGCCAUUGGAGGAAUCUGUGUUUCUACCAUUGUGGAAAUUGUGCAGGGUUACUGCACAGAAAUGCACAGAAGGUGCUUCAUUCAUAAUACUCUUGCAUAUGAUGCCUUGUAUGUUGUGCCCAUAAGGAACAAGUUCUCCAUGCUCAGAAACCAGUACAGUUCCUCUGUAUAUCAUAACUUCAGCAUGUUUCAAUGUACAUAAGAUUUCUCAAGGCACUGUUUUUGAACUUGAAAAGCUGUGACCGACAACUGGAAAUUUGUACUUCGUGUCUGUUUUUGUUGCUGACUUGUUUAAUCUUACUGACUUUUAAACAGAACCAUCAGUUUAUGCACAUAUGAUUAAAUCCUUGAUGGGUGUUAGCACUAGGAAUCAUCCUAACACAUGAACUAAGCAGAUUUUCCAAUUCAAUCAGUCCACCAUACCAUUAUAUCAUUCCAUGUGCUUAUUUUAAAAAAAUGAACUAAUGGAUUUUUUUUCCUUUUAAUCGUGAUAUAUUUGAGCAAAAAAAGCCAAAUCUAGUAAAUAUGAAUUUCAGUCUUAUGAAUCCAUCACUUGUCAAAAUGAAUAUACUCAACUCAGUAAAGUUGAGGAAAUUAUAUUUGCAGUGAUCUUAUCUGUGACAUGUCAGGAUUUGCUAUAAAAGGGAGGUACGUGCUGACAUAAUGUAGCAGCUAUCCCAGAUUCAUUGCAGGAAGAGUGCGUCCAAAUGUCUUUUCUUAUUCUAUCACUAGAUUUCUAUUCCAAGUCAGUUUUGUGAUCAUUAGAUUUUAAUUCUAUUUCUCUGUAAACAAUGAUUACAAUUAGGAGAGCAUGACUUCUUUUUAAAGAAGUGUUAAAUUGGAGUAAUUUGUUUGUUACUUUGUUUCCUGACCACCAAGCAACUCAAAAGGAGUUCAAUUCUUUCUUCCAGUCAUAGGAUGUUUUGUGAACUGGCUGGUUUAGUUAGCAAUAUAUCGUGACUGGCUUUGCAAAAAUACUAUUGCUUUAAGUGAGCCAAUUUCUUUGAAAAGCAAAAAUGCCUUUUUAUUUUAUCUGUAACCAAUUUCCAUUCAGUAAAUAGAGAAAGGAAUAUCAUUACAACAGAUCAAUGUUAUACCUGAGGUGGUACUCUCCUGAAAUAGUUCUUUCUCCCUCCCACCCCUCCCCUUUCUAAAUUUCAUUCAUCUUUCAUUGGAGUUCCAGACACAUUUACCAAAGACCCAGUCUGAGUGUCUUCUUUGAACUGACCAUUUAACUCCAUUAAUCCAUACCACUAGGUCACUAUUUCGUCAUUGGCCCAUUAAUUGAAAGAUCUCUUUUGAUGUGAUUAUUUCCUGGCUCUUGGGUGUUGAUGAGAAGUAGAAAAUCAUUGAAAGUAAAUCUUACUCUCUCAAACUUUGCCUGGAAAGUGUUUCGGGGUGUUACUCUUGCUGUUCUGUUUCAUAAUACUUUAUUGGAAAAAAUUUAACAGGGAGAAGGAGAGUUUUUAAUAAAUUCAUGUUCAUAUUAAUGUUUAAAAAAAGAACCACUAGAUUUUUUUAAAUUUGGAAUAUUGGAACAAUUUAAGAUGGUUUGGCAGAGUUAUAACUCAGUGAAGCAAACAAAAAGUAUGAUUGCAAAGUUGAAUAUGAGCAUGUGUGAUAUCAGAUUAUGGGCCACACCAGGUCUGCAAGAAUGGAAACUUAUUUGGUGAUAGAAUUAAAGGAGGCAGUAUCCAAGCUAAAUUGAAAUUAAAUUACAAAAUUGUGAAUAUUUGAUACAAAUGAAUAUUUCAUCACUAUAAAUUUAUGAGCUAGUAUUUAACAGAAAGGCUUACAUAGCAGUUCAGGAACAGUUGCUGAGAUUUAUACCAUCUGUCCCAGAUGCAAAGUAGGAAUGAGAAGGAAAUGAACUCCUUUUGUAUGGAGAAAAGAUGACACAAAUACUCUGACCAAUGUUCAUCACUGUAACAUCUGCUCACAGUAAUUCUCUGUUCUUUGGUUUAGCAAAAAUCACUGCAUAGGACUUGUGUUUUGGACAAAUGGAUAAUCUCGUGCUUGUGAUCUUGUGUGGACAGUUGGAUUUCUGCACAGGUCGGCACGUGAGCAUAGCUGGAAAAGUUGAAAAGAUUUGUGGUAGAGAGUUAACUUAAUAAAAAUAUUUGCCACUUCUUUAAAAAGAUAUCGAGCUCUCCUGAAAUUAAAAUGUCGAAGGCUGCUGUUUAACUUUUAUUACUUUCUGAUAUGCACAGAAGAGCAAAUUCAAUCACAUUCUUGAUUUUGUAGUAUUCGUUUAUUAAGAUUAUUUAUUGUCCAAAAUGUGAAUUUGUUUAGAGUUUGACCUUUUUUAUGUAUGGAGAAGGGCAGAAGGGGGCUAGAGUUUUGCAACUUUUUUUUUGUUUUACUUUUCAUUUAACCUACUCAAAUUUAACAGAAAUAGCUCCAAUAUUUGAAAUGAAUUCUCUGUCCUACUCAAAGGUUUUAUUGAUGAUCAGAUUUGCUGCUUCUGGGAUUUGUACAAUAAAAAUGUGCAGAUAUACACAUUCCAUCUUCAUGAAAGUUUGCAAAACCAGGAUAGUAGCACAUCUGAAUAUUUUUGUUUUACUCUAAUUUCUAUGAAGUUACAAUCAUUCCAUCUGCUUAGAGGAAUAAGAUUAUCAGAGAAAAAUGUAGACAUUGAAAUUUCAGUUAAUGCUGAUGCUGAGUCAAAUUCUUUAUCUACAGUGAGCAAAUACUUUCUGACCAACCUGCCAUCAGCAAUCUGAUUUGUUAAAGUGUGAUAUGGCCCGAAGAUGUAGGAAUAUUAUUGUUCAAAUUCUUGUAAUUAUUCUGUAUGCUUUGCUUUUGUGAAGUGGUUGAAUAUUUGAAUUGUCCUGAUAACUUUAAUAAAAUCUUUUCAAUUCAGCACUUUAAAAAAAAAUGCACACAUUCCCCAGCCUAUUUCUCUGAAAUAUUCCACAGCAUUUCAUAUACAAGUAUUUAUUUUUGAAAAGCGGUCAUGGAAAUUAUGUAGACCUUUUAGUCCAACUGAUCCAACCCAAGGUGCAAUUUUUUUUACCUGCCUUCAUCUAUCUCUGACAGCUUAACCUUCAAUUUCUUUCUUCCUAGUUUGUUGAUGGAGCUUCUCCUUAAAUACAUUUAUGCAGUUUGCCACAGUUUCUCAAUAUACCAUUUUCCACCUUCUAACCCCAUCAAUCAAUCAUCAGGACAAUGACUAGGAUCCACAGUAUUUUACUUUUUGACCUAAUAAUCUAUUUUGAUGGUGUUAAUUGAAAGGAAUGUUACCUAGGACACUAGAAAUGCUUCGUAAAUGUUAAAGAAUAAGUUUUAUAACAUCAAGAAAAGCAGAAUAAUAAGUUAAUGAGAUAUAUAAUGCAUAUUAAGCUCUGAAAUAUUUCGGCUGCAACAACUAACAAAAAUAAUGAGGCUUGUUUCUGAAGUCAGCCUAUCACAGCAAUUUCACACACGUUUAAUCUGUAUAAAUUGUUUAAAAUUCUUGACCCACAACUUCAAUCUGUUCAAUUUCAAUGGAUCUUGAAAGGCAAUAACUGGACAACUCUUUGACUAUAUCUUAAACUGCUACUUUUUGAUCAAUUUUCAUCAAAUAUUAAUGUUCCAAUUGUAGAAAAAACACUUGGUGGACAUAACCUAUAUUCUGUUGCUUAUCAUUUUUACUUUUCCAUCUUCUUCAAAUUUUGUCCCCUCCAUAUUAUUUAUAUUGCAUUCCUAUGAUAAAGAAUGCAAUUAAUUUCCCCUGAAGUAAAUUCAGGAAUCCAUUAUGAACUAUAACUGCUCUGUCUUGAUCUGAUUUCUAUUAAUUUUCAAUAUAUCUCAGUUGCAUAUGAUAAUACAUAAGUGGAGCGCAAAUAUGCUACCUGGACGUUACUCAUUCUUGCCAGAUUGAUUUUGAUGUAUUGUUUUAUUUGGUAUCAAUCAAUCAAAAGAGUAACAUCAUUGAUAAUUUACUAGCAUAUAUUGCUAACACUUGUCUCCCUGGUCAAAAUCAGUGAAUUUUUUUUUAAACAGUGCUCCUUUCACAUUGUUUAUCUACUCAUAACAUACUUCACAGAACUAUUUGAUACAAUUUUCAAGUUUAAAAAUAUAAAUGUGAGAGCUAGAAGUGUUGCUAUUCUAAUAGUUGUACAACUUGUUCAAGAAAACUUCCUUAAACAUGGCAAGGAAAUGCCACUAAUGAAUAAAUUUAUUGCAGCUGCACCUUUAUAGUUCUAGCAUUAGAGAAUUUAUUUUGUUGUGACUAGUUGAUCACUUUCCCAAGUUAUAGUGUUACUUCAGAACUAACAGUGAAGAACUGUUUGCCUGAGCUACUGGAUCAUGAACAGCUACAUUCCUUUGCCCAGAAGAACUGAAGGACAAUUUCUGAGAAUUGCUGUAAGUUAAGAGGCAAGAUAAGAACUGGUGUUUUAUCGCCAAGAGACUGAAUAGUUAUGUCCAUCAUCACCGAGUGGCUCCCAUAACACUUACACUCGCUCUUAUGGUGAAGAUUAUUACAUUAAAAUCCUGAACUGAAUGUAUUUUGGCAGCUGUUUCCCAUCAAGAGGGAAAAAGAUUUCUUCACCUGUUUCUGUGCUUGCCUUUUGGGAUAUUUCAUACCUAGACUUGUUUAAUCUAAAGCAUUUGGUCAUGAUUUUCAGUAUUCGUACUGCACAAACAUUCAUGAACUGCUUGGGUUGUGUGACAAUCAUAUCUUUUGAAUCGAUUUUCCCUCUUAUAACUCUCAAGAAUAUGCUGACCACGUUCUAACUAUUUCGUUAUUCCUUUUGAUACAAAUUCAUAAUUUGAUACAAUUGAGGAUUUUUUUUAUAAAAUUGAGAAAUUAAUUUUAUCAGCAUGGUUUAAGUUGGGAUCCUAUUUUUCUGAUUCAUGAUUCAAUAUCCUUUAACCUAAAUCAUAAUUUAUGAUGAGAUGAAAAUUAAGGUUUUUCUCAUCUUGCUUAUAAAAAUUUGCACUAAAUGGCCUGAAAGGUGUCUACAUGCCACACAACCAGCAAAAAAUGACCAACAUUUUAAUCAUGACCAAAACUUUAGGUCUGUAAAUAAGUGUAGCUUACCUUCCAUUAAUAUACUACAUUUAAAUGAUGUCUGUUGUUUUCAACUUCAUUCUUUAUCAAUUCAUUGAUUUAAAAUAAAUAUGUAUUUUAGAAAAAAACAGAAUGAACAUCUAAUUUUUGAAA